UGCGCACAAAGCUUGCGGGGGAUGGGGGGAGGAACAUGGCGCAAGCUCUGUCUGAAGAGGAGUUUCAACGGAUGCAGACUCAGCUCCUGGAGCUCCGGACAAAUAACUACCAGCUUUCAGAUGAACUUCGGAAGAAUGGUGUUGUUCCUUGUUACCACCUGAGGCUGAGAUUCCCUGCUUUCCCUGCACCAGAACUUUCCAGUCUUCGACAGAAGGUCGCCUACUUGGAUAAGGAGUUCAGUAAAGCUCAAAAGGCACUAAGCAAGAGCAAGAAAGCUCAGGAAGUGGAGGUACUGCUGAGUGAAAAUGAGAUGCUGCAGGCAAAGCUGCACAGCCAGGAGGAGGACUUCCGUUUGCAGAACAGUACACUUAUGGCCGAGUUCAGCAAGCUGUGCAGCCAGCUGGAGCAGCUGGAGCUGGAAAACCGACAACUCAAGGAAGGGGUUGCUGGAGCAGCUGGACCACAUGUGGACGGGGAGCUGCUGAGGCUGCAGGCAGAGAAUACAGCCUUGCAGAAGAAUAUGGCAGCACUGCAGGAACGCUAUGGGAAAGAAGCUGUGAGGCCGUCCACUGUCGGUGAGGGCCAAGGGGAUCCCCCAGGAGAUGUACUUCCCACUCCCCUGGCCCCCAUGCCAUUGGCAGAAGUGGAACUGAAAUGGGAAAUGGAGCGAGAAGAAAAAAAAUUGCUCUGGGAACAGCUACAAGACUUAGAGAGCUCAAAGCAAGCUGAAACCUCCAGACUACAGGAGGAACUUGCUAAGCUCUCUGAGAAAUUGAAAAAGAAGCAAGAAAGUUUUUGCCGUCUGCAGACAGAGAAGGAAACACUAUUUAAUGAUAGCAGAAACAAAAUUGAAGAAUUGCAACAGCGGAAGGAAGCUGAUCUGAAAGCCCAGUUGGCUCGUACCCAAAAACUACAGCAGGAACUUGAGGCUGCCAAUCAGAGUUUGGCAGAGCUAAGAGAUCAGCGGCAGGGGGAGCGUCUGGAGCAUGCAGCAGCAUUGCGAGCUCUACAAGAUCAGGUGUCCAGUCAGAGUGCAGAUGCGCAGGAACAAGUGGAAGGGCUAUUGGCUGAGAACAAUGCCUUGAGGACUAGCUUGGCUGCUCUGGAGCAGAUCCAGACAGCAAAGACACAAGAACUGAAUAUGCUUCGGGAACAGACCACUGAAUUGGCAUCUGAGUUACAGCAUCGUCAGGCUGAAUAUGAAGAGCUUAUGGGACAGAAAGAUGACCUCAACUCCCAGCUCCAGGAAUCGUUAAGGGCCAAUAGCCGGCUUCUGGAACAACUUCAAGAAAUAGGGCAGGAGAAGGAACAGCUGACCCAGGAUCUCCAGGAAGCUCGGAAGAGUGCUGAGAAAAGGAAGGUCAUGCUGGAUGAGCUAGCCAUGGAGACACUACAGGAGAAGACCCAGCACAAAGAAGAACUGGGGGCUGUCCGGUUACGGCAUGAGAAGGAGAUGCUGGGCGUGCGAGCCCGUUAUGAGCGUGAGCUUCGAGAGCUGCACGAAGACAAGAAACGGCAGGAGGAGGAGCUCCGUGGGCAGAUUCGAGAGGAGAAGGUUCGAACAAGGGAAUUAGAAAAUCUUCAGCACACAGUGGAAGAACUUCAGGCUCAGGUACACUCCAUGGAUGGAGCCAAGGGCUGGUUUGAACGGCGCUUGAAGGAAGCUGAGGAAUCUUUGCAGCAGCAGCAGCAGGAACAAGAGGAAACCCUCAAGCAGUGCCGGGAGGAGCAUGCUGCUGAGCUGAAGGGCAAGGAGGAAGAGCUUCAGAAUGUGCGGGAUCAGCUCCAACAGGCCCAGGAGGAGCGAGAUGGCCAUGUGAAGACCAUCAGCAACCUGAAGCAGGAGGUAAAGGACACAGUAGAUGGGCAGCGGAUCCUGGAAAAGAAAGGCAGCGCUGUGCUCAAAGACCUUAAGAGGCAGCUACACCUGGAGCGGAAACGGGCUGAUAAGCUGCAGGAGCGGCUGCAGGAGAUCCUUACCAACAGCAAGAGCCGCACAGGCCUUGAGGAACUGGUUCUUUCUGAGAUGAACUCACCAAGCAGGACCCAGACAGGGGACAGCAGUAGCGUCUCCUCCUUCAGCUACCGGGAGGUCUUGAAGGAGAAGGAGAGCUCAGCCAUCCCAGCCAGGUCUCUAUCCAGCAGUCCUCAGGCCCAGCCCCCUCGGCCAGCAGAGCUGUCAGAUGAGGAAGUGGCUGAGCUGUUUCAAAGGCUGGCCGAGACACAGCAGGAAAAAUGGAUGCUGGAGGAGAAGGUGAAACACCUGGAGGUGAGCAGCGCCUCUAUGGCGGAAGACCUCUGCCGGAAAAGCGCCAUCAUUGAGACCUACGUCAUGGACAGCCGCAUUGUGAAGCUACUGACAAGAUCCUGACCCAUGGAGAGGAAAGCAGGGAAGCGUUGCAUUUUUGCCCGGCCUCUGCUUUGUACUCAUCAUUUCUCCCACCCACCCCACCCCCAGUGGUUCCCCCUGGACUUCUCUGUCUCACUUCUUUCUGCUUUCUAUUUCUCUAUGUAUUUUUUUUUCUGUUCCCCCUUCUUCAUCUUUUCUUAGUACCUCUAUUGUUCUAUUUCCAUUUUUAUUUCUUUGUUUGCUUUUUUGAAACUGGAUUCUGCUUUGUAGCCUCGUCUGGCCUGGUACUCGCUUUGUAGCGCAGGCUGGCCUCAGACGCUCAGCAAUCCUGUGUUAACCUUCCAGGUGCUAGGAUUCCAAGUGCGCAUGCCUACACCUAGCCAUACAUUUCCAUCCAUUGUAUCUUCGUCCCCCUUCUCCUCUCUGACCUCCGUGCUUUUACUUUCUAUUCUGUACUAGGCACUCACAUGCUCUGAGGGUUACGGUGUGCCCUGUGUGUCACAUGCCCCAGGGUCUCAUAACUCAGAAUAGCCGGGUUUCCCCAUGUCAAAACCUCUGCCCCCAAGCAGAACAUUGCCUUUCUCCCUCCCUUCUUGUCUGCUCUCUGUUUUCCUCCUCUGUCCUUUGGCUCUGCCCAGUCUUCCCCACACCAACCCCGGCUCUGCCAAGGGGGCGGUGCUCAGCCUGGACCCUUGCAGAUGUGUCUGUGGCAGCAGGCCACACAGACCGAAGUGGGCUGGGCAGUGUCCUGAGAGACCUAGUGAAGCCAGGCGAUGAGAACCUUCGGGAAAUGAACAAGAAGCUGCAGAACAUGUUGGAGGAGCAACUCACCAAG